AUGAAGUUCGGCUCAGCACUCGUGGCCGCGGUCGCUGCUGUAGCAGGAGUCGCCGCAAAAGACUAUGGCGGAGUGCCAGGCCAGCCUAUCCAGAAGAGCGGAAAGGGAGCUGUCUUCUCUGGGGCUACCAACCGCGAGCUUGAUCUCCAAAACCCAAGCAAUAUCAACGGCCAGCCUGCCACCGACAGUGGUCUUGUACCAAACUUGAAAUGGAGCUUUUCUCUUUCUAAGACCCGUAUGUUCCACGGUGGCUGGAUUCGUGAGCAGGUUAUCUCGGACCUGCCUGCCAGUCACGAUAUUGCAGGCGCCCAAGUCCAUUUAACUAAGGGCGGAAUCCGACAGAUGCAUUGGCACAGAGUUGCUGAAUGGGGUUACGUCUAUGCUGGCUCCAUUUUGGUAUUUGCCGUCACCGAAGAUGGCCAGUAUCAGAUUGACAAACUCACCCCUGGUGACAUGUACUACUUCCCCAAGGGAGCUGCUCACUCUUUCCAAGGUAUUGAGGAUGAGAACGAAGUGCUCGUCGCCUUCGAUGAAGGUGACUUCGACCAGAUCGGAACUACUUUCCAGAUUGCCGAGUGGAUCGCGCACACUCCUCAGGACGUGUUGGCUAAGAAUUUCAACAUCUCCACCGGCGGCACCUUCGACAAGACCAAGUCUAAUAUGCUCGAGAUCAUUAACUCGACGACCAGCACUCACAACGUUACUGGUCCCAAUGGUGCUCUCAUGGGCAACAGCUCUUACACCUUCCACAUUCGCGACGCCCCCGAGAUUCAAGUCCCUGGUGGCGGCGGUACUAUCCAGAUCGUUGAUUCGAAGAACUUCCCUAUAUCUAAGACUAUUGCCUGCGCUGUUGUUCGUCUAAAGCCCGGCGCUCUGCGUGAGCUCCAUUGGCAUCCAACUGCUGAGGAAUGGCUCUACUUCCAUAGUGGAAAUGCCCGCGCUACCGUUUAUGUUAGCGGCGGUCUAUCCCGUACCUUCGAUUUUACCGCCGGCGACACUGGUGUCUUCCCAGAUAACGCUGGCCAUUAUAUUGAGAACGUCUCCAAGGAUGAAGAGCUUGUCUAUCUUGAGCUUUAUAAGGCCGACCGGGUUGCUGAUGUAUCCCUCUCCCAAUGGCUCGCUCUCACUCCACACGACAUUGCUGCCGCUGCUAUUAAUGUUCCCAUCGACGUCAUUGACAAGCUGAAGAAGGAUAAGCAAUUUAUUAUCCAGUAA